GCGAGGGAAAGUUAGUUGGGGUGAGAUAGUGGAAUGCGAUGCAGCUUACUCCACGUCUUUCCCAUUUGAAACUCUCACUGGGUUUGGUGGGAGAAAGAAACUCAUAACUCAAAACAUGAUAAUACUAACACAGCAAUAAUCAAAUGGUAGCAUUAUUAUUAUUAAGCAGAAAAAACCAUACAAACUAAAUGAUGAAAACCAUUAAGCGCACUCUCAUUUUUCCUUCUCACACCCCCUUCCUCGAAGACCACACCCUCCCUCUCUCCCACAUCGACACCGAUCGCAACCUCCACUUAACCUUCCGCUACCUUCGCACUUACACCGCCACAACAACAACCACCACCGACGACCCCUUCCACGUCAUCACUUCCUCUAUCUCAAAAACUCUCCCGCACUACUACCAACUCGCCGGCACACUUCGCCGCCGUCAACACCCUGACAACCGCCUCGAACUCCACUGCACUGCCAAUCAAGGCGUCCCUCUGAUCCACGCCACCGUAGACUUCACCCUCGAUUCCGUCAAUUACCUCGAUGAUGACCCUGCUUCACCUUUCGUCGAACAGUUGGUGCCCGAUCCAGAAUCCGAAGAGGGAAUGGAACAUCCAUGUAUGCUUCAGCUUACUGUUUUCAAGUGCGGUGGGUUCACUCUCGGUGCAGCGAUUCACCACUCGCUAUGCGACGGGAUUGGUGGGACUAUGUUUUUUAACGCGGUGGCUGAGUUGGCUCGCGGGUCGACUCGGAUAACGGUGGAGCCUGUUUGGGAUCGAGAGAAGUUGUUGGGUCCAAGGGACCCUCCACGUGUCGAUUCUCGGUUGGUAGGUGAGUUUCUUAGUUUGGAUAAGGAGUUUUUGGCUUACAAAGAGGAUGUUGGUGUUAUUGUGAGAGAGUGUUUUCAUGUGAGGGAUGAGUGCUUAGAGAAGUUCAAGAGAUCAUUGUUUGACCAAUCUGGAUUCAACUUCACCACUUUUGAAGCUCUAGGUGCAUACAUUUGGAGGUCCAAGAUAAAGGCUUCGCGAGUGAAGGAUAAUGAGAAAGUUAAGUUUGCAUACUCAAUAAAUAUACGGAGACUAGUAAAGCCAUCACUACCUUCUGGCUACUGGGGCAAUGGUUGUGUUCCAAUGUAUGUGCAAUUGAGUGCCAAAGAUUUAAUAGAGCAACCCAUUUGGAAAACAGCAGAGCUAAUAAGAAAUAGUAAAAGCAAUGUUACUGAUGAGUAUGUUCGUUCCUUCAUCGAUUAUCAACAUCUACAUUUUGCUGAUGGGAUCACAGCAGGGAAAUGGGUGAGUGGUUUUACUGAUUGGAGACACUUGGGCCAUUCUACUGUGGACUAUGGAUGGGGAGGCCCAGUUACUGUUUUGCCACUUGCUAGAAACUUGCUUGGGAGUGUUCAACCUUGCUUCUUUUUGCCUUAUUCAACGGCUGGUGUUCAGAAAAAAGAGGGGUUUAAGGUUUUGGUGUCUUUGAUUGAGGAAGCUUUGUUUGCUUUUAGAGAGGACAUGCAAAUCUUUUCUAGUAGUCAAGAGCGAGCCAAGUAUUGAUGAUGGUUUGAGCCAUUGAUUUUGUGCACUAAUAAAAAAAUAAAGAUGAAGUCAUCAACAUAUGUAUUAAUUAUUCUUACAUAAUCAAUAAUGAAUAUUUCAAAAUGAACAAUCUAAUAGAUUCGCUUUUAAA